AUGUUCACGGUUCUUGCGGCUGCUCUCUUUGCCUCUGCGGUCUAUGCGGCUCCGAGUCCUACCAUCGUCCCGCGUGCAGUGACGACGCUGUCGGUCUCCCAACUGGAUGCGUACACGCCCUACACGCAGUUCGCGCGCGCUGCAUACUGCAAUGUGGGCACCGACUGGGCUUGUGGAGACGCCUGCUCGGCAAAUGCGGACUUCACUGUGGACAUCGCCGGCGGCGACGGGGACAGCGUCCAGUACUACUUCACUGGAUACUGGCCCUCGAAGAACACGAUCGUCGUCGCGCACGAGGGCACUGAUCCUACGCAGUUCGAGAGUGUACUCACGGAUGUCGACUUUGUGUUCGCCGACCUGGAUAGCACCCUCUUCCCGGGCGCUCCGAGCGGCGUGCAGGUUCACAAGGGCUUCGCAGACGAACACGCUCAAACGGCAACUGACAUCCUGGCUUCUGUCAAGAGUCUUCUGAGUUCGCAUAGCGGCGCAAGCGUUACCGCAAUCGGCCAUUCGCUUGGUGGUGCCCUCGCCGAGCUCGACUCGCUCUACCUCUCCUUGAACUUGCCAUCUGGCACAACAGUCUCUGGCGUGACCUACGGCACACCUCGCGUCGGCAACCCGGAUUUCUCGGACUACUUUGAUGGCGUUGUGUUGAACUUCACACGCGUGAACAACGAGCAGGACCCUAUCCCGACGCUUCCGCCAGCAGACUUCGGCUUCCAGCACGUUGCGAAGGAGAUCCAUAUCCUCGAUACGGACUCUGCUGUCCUGUGCCCGGGCGCCGAGGAUACCACGGACGCGCAGUGCAUCGACCAGACUGAGCCGUCAAUCACGGACAGCGACAUCCUUAACCACCUUGGACCUUACCAGGGCGUAUACAUCGGCACGAUCUACUGCUGA